CGGAGCUUCACCACCUCCGCGGCGCGGAGGGCCACGCACGCCAUAUUCAACCCGCAAGUGGACGGUGAGGGCAGGGAGAUGGUGCUUGAGAUCACGGCGCGCGCAGCCAAGCGCCUCUCGGAAAUCAUGAGCAAGGACUCGAACCCGGACCUGGCGCUGAGGAUUCAAGUAGAGAGCGGAGGCUGCCAUGGCUUCCAGUACCUCAUGAAGCUGGUGACGCUGCCGUCGUCUCUUCCCGCACACGCAAAGGACGCAUCGCCGACGGGACAUGAAAAUAGCCCCUCUACCUCAAUCCAGGAAGACGAUACCAUAUUUGUCUACAGCCCCCAGAACGACAAUCCCGCGUCCGCUGGCCUAACAGCCCCAAAGAUCAUUCUCGACACCCCGUCGCUUGAGUUGUUAAAAGGCAGCAAGGUUGACUUUACAAUGGAGUUGAUUGGUUCCCAGUUUAAGAUCGUCGACAAUCCUUUGGCUACAAGUAGCUGCGGGUGUGGGACAAGUUUCGACAUAAAGAUAUAA